UUGUGUGGCUUGUGUGCUGGCAAGGAAUGGCGACGUUGACACAUUCAUAUUUUCCGUGAUCCGACUGUCUUAGAAGCUCUCUGCGAUGAGUACACGGAAAAAUCGGCUCGGACAGCGCUACCCUCGGUUCUUCCUGACCUUCGGUCAUGCAAUGACACGAAUCUCAGUCCAAUAAAGUGGCAUCAGCCCGUCUGAAAGCUUCGCCUUUCAGCACAACUAACACACGAUGAUCCGCAUUCAGUUCUUCCCCAAAAGCUUUCGGCUCGUCUUACUAUGUUCGGUGGCGAAUUUUAUCAACGCCGCCGACCGGGUCAUCAUGCCCAUCGCGAUCAUCCAGAUGACAGAUGAAUUCAACUGGUCGCUGCACACUCAGGGAUGGAUCCUCUCCGCCUUUUCUGUUGGUUACCUUACGAGCCAGCUCGCUGGUGCUUUCAUGUUUGGAGGCUACGGCGGCAAAACCCUGCUGAUCUUCUCAGUUCUGCUGUGGUCAUUUUCGACCAUUCUGACUCCUUUGGUGGCUUCGUCGUCGAUCGCCGGUCUCGUCUUUUUCAGAAUCGUUUUAGGAAUAGGAGAAGGAUUAGGGCUUCCAACCAUGUACCACUUACUGGCGGUUUCGGUUCCUGAAGAGGAGCGGUCCAGAGCUUUUGGUUAUUUAGUCGCAGCCGGAUCUGUUGGCCAGACCUUCGCCUCAGUUUUGUGCCCGCACUUGUACUGGCCGACGUCCUUCUACAUUUUUGGCUUGAUGGGCUUUGCGUGGGUCGUCCUGUGGAUGUGCAGCAUGGCCAAUUUGCAGACGAACCUGCACAUCCCUCUCUUCCGGGACCAGCAGAAGCCGCAGACUUACUCGGGCUGGGCGCUGCUCAGCCACUGGGCUCUCUGGAGCAUAUAUCUGGCACAUUUUGCCAUGAACUGGACCAGCUACAUCGUGAUGCAGUGGCUGCCCACGUACUUGCUACGCUCACUCGGCGCCGGCAAGGAAAACAUCAGCUUUACAGCUGUGCCUUACAUCUUCAAUUCUAUCUUCGCCAUUGUCGCGGGUCACUUUGCGGACAGGUUGGUGUCCAAGGGCUGGAGUUUGCUCAAAGUUCGGAGACUUAUGACGAAUAUUGGUUUGGUCGGUCCUGCGUUCUUUUUGAUGGCUUUUUGCGCGGUCAACAACUUGGCUGCUGCUGUGGUAUUGGUGUCAAUUUCGAUGGGACUGUGUGCUUUCAACUCCGCCGGCCACCUGAGCAACCACGCCGACGUAGCCCCCGAGCACGCAGGUGCAACCUUCGCACUCUCCAACACGCUGGCGACAAUUCCAGGAAUCCUGUGCGGCCCUUUGACUGCUGAACUAGUGACUGCCUCUCGAGGUCGGUGGCUGCCGGUGUAUGUGUUGGCCGCCGUAAUAAACUUCACCUCGGCCAUAAUUUACCAAAGCCAAAGUUCUGCCUCGCCUGUCUUGUAGUUUUCAGUGACUAUGUUUUUAGUGACACUCGAGAGGGAUGUGAUUUUAGUCUGUACUUUAAAUUUGUUGAUUGCACUCACACGUCAGUUUCGCCGUCAGCCUGCUAGAUUACUCAAUGUUGACGAAUUUUUGAAAUUUCGGGUAUGACUCUGCAUUUUUAAAUAGGAGCAACACACAAGGAGGUUGGCUGUGUACCGUUUUCCAGUUGGGAGUUACCACACAGAAUAGUGGAAUAUGUAAAUUUUUUAUUGCAUUCACAUGAACACCAGAAAUGUAAAAUGGAGAGAAUAUACAGAUCUAAACUGUAAAAUCA